UAUACCGAAACAAAAAACAAGUAAAAGAAAACAAAGCUAACAGAAAAAAAUACAGAUCAUACUUCAAUAGCUUCUCCAUGGCCACCUCCGUCGAUAACCGCCAUUAUCCCGGCCUCACCUCCGUCAUGAACGCCGGUGUCGUCCGCUCCUUCAAACCUCCUCCCGUUCCUUCUCGCUCAUUCGACAGCCACCACCUUCACCAAAACGUCCAAACCAACGAGAACGCCGACGGUUGCGACUCAAGCGACGACGAGGACGAGAGCCACAACCGCAACGUCUCAUACUACAUGACAAUGGUUCACAAAUCCAACAGCGAUUUAGAACCGUCGAUUCUAGACUCCCGAGACGAAUCCACGGCUGACAACUGGAUCCACCGUAACUCCUCUAUGGUGCGUCUCACCGGAAAACACCCCUUUAACGCCGAAGCUCCUCUCCCUCGCCUUAUGCACCACGGCUUCAUCACUCCCGUCCCUCUCCACUACGUCCGUAACCACGGUCCUGUCCCAAAAGCUGAAUGGUCCGAAUGGACGGUUGAGAUCACCGGGCUCGUCAAACGUCCGAUGAUACUCACCAUGGAACAGCUAAUAUCUGAGUUUUCUAGCCGUGAGUUUCCGGUCACUCUAGUCUGCGCCGGAAACCGCCGGAAAGAGCAGAACAUGGUGAAGCAGACGAUAGGAUUCAACUGGGGCUCCGCUGGAGUCUCCACCUCUCUCUGGAAAGGCGUCCCGCUCAGCGAGAUCCUCCGCCGCUGCGGGGUCUACAGCAGGAGAGGCGGCGCGCUCAACGUCUGCUUCGAAGGAGCGGAGGAUCUUCCAGGAGGCGGCGGGUCAAAAUACGGAACAAGCAUCAAGAAAGAGAUGGCUAUGGAUCCUGCGAGAGACAUUAUAUUAGCGUACAUGCAGAACGGUGAGCUUCUCACACCGGAUCACGGGUUCCCGGUUCGGAUCAUAGUACCCGGUUUCAUCGGCGGGAGGAUGGUUAAGUGGUUGAAGCGUAUCAUCGUCACGCCUCAAGAAUCCGACAGUUACUAUCAUUACAAAGACAACAGAGUUCUUCCUUCUCUUGUCGAUGCUGAGCUGGCAAAUGCAGAAGCUUGGUGGUACAAGCCGGAAUAUAUAAUCAACGAGCUUAAUAUAAACUCAGUGAUAACAACACCUGGUCAUGAAGAGAUUCUGCCUAUUAAUGCGUUUACCACUCAGAAGCCGUACACGUUAAGAGGCUAUGCUUACUCUGGAGGAGGAAAGAAGGUAACGAGAGUGGAGGUGACUCUAGACGGAGGAGAGACGUGGAGUUUGUGUGAGCUUGACCACCAAGAGAAACCGAACAAGUAUGGCAAGUUCUGGUGCUGGUGUUUCUGGUCACUUGACGUUGAGGUUCUUGAUCUUCUUAGCGCUAAAGAGGUAGCGGUUCGAGCCUGGGACGAGUCUUUAAACACCCAGCCUGAUAAACUCAUCUGGAACCUUAUGGGAAUGAUGAACAAUUGCUGGUUCAGGAUCAGAACCAACGUGUGCAAGCCUCACAGAGGAGAGAUAGGGAUUGUUUUCGAACAUCCAACCCGACCCGGAAACCAAUCGGGUGGGUGGAUGGCAAAGGAACGUCAGCUUGAGAUAUCCUCAGAGUCAAACCCUACUUUAAAGAAAUCAGUUUCAUCACCUUUCAUGAACACUGCCUCAAAGAUGUACUCAAUCUCCGAAGUUAGAAAACACACCUCACUCGAAUCUGCAUGGAUCAUUGUUCACGGCCACGUAUACGACUGUACACGUUUCUUGAAAGAUCAUCCAGGAGGCACUGAUUCGAUCCUCAUCAACGCAGGCACGGAUUGCACCGAAGAGUUUGAAGCUAUUCACUCAGACAAAGCCAAGAAGCUCCUUGAAGAUCACCGUAUCGGUGAACUAAUCACCACUGGCUACGACUCUUCCCCUAAUGUCUCUGUCCACGAUGGCUCCAACGUAUCUCCUUUGUUAGCUCCUAUAAAAGAGCUUGCUCCUCCAAAGAACAUUGCAUUGGUCAACCCACGUGAGAAAGUCCCAGUCAGACUCAUCGAGAAGACUUCUAUCUCUCACGAUGUUCGUAGGUUCCGGUUCGCAUUGCCAUCAGAAGACCAGCAGCUUGGUCUACCCGUGGGGAAACACAUUUUCCUCUGUGCCAACAUCAACGAUAAGCUGUGUCUUAGAGCCUAUACUCCGACCAGCACGGUCGACGCCGUUGGACAUAUCGACUUAGUCAUCAAAGUUUACUUCAAAGAUGUUCAUCCAAGAUUCCCCAACGGAGGACUCAUGUCACAACACCUAGACUCGUUAUCAAUCGGUGCGGUUUUAGACAUCAAAGGUCCAUUAGGACACAUCGAAUAUACAGGCAAAGGCAACUUUAUGGUCAACGGUAAACCCAAGUUUGCCAAGAAACUAGCCAUGCUAGCCGGAGGAACAGGCAUCACUCCGAUCUACCAAAUCAUUCAGUCAAUACUAAGUGAUCCAGAGGAUGAAACCGAGAUGUAUGUGGUUUAUGCAAACCGAACCGAGGAUGACAUACUUGUUAGAGAAGAGCUGGAAGGAUGGGCUAAUAAGCAUAAGGAGAGGCUAAAGAUUUGGUACGUUGUUGAAAUCGCAAAAGAAGGUUGGAAUUAUAGCACCGGGUUUAUCACCGAAGAUGUGCUUAGAGAACAUAUCCCGGGAGGUCUAGAAGGUGAAUCGCUUGCGCUGGCGUGUGGACCACCUCCUAUGAUUAAGUUCGCUUUGCAGCCUAAUCUUGAGAAGAUGGGUUACAACGUGGAGGAAGAUCUCCUGAUCUUCUAAUUAAGAAGAAUGGUUCAAAAUUUAUAUAUAUGCAAUAACAAUUAUCGCUUUUGUAAAUACAUUGUUAUUUGGGUGCUUUUGUUUGAGUUUGUAUUCCAAAUGUAUAAUGUAUUGUAUUGUUAUGGUUUAUGUUGUUGUUGAUGAUUAUGAUAAUGAUAAAUGAUGAAAGCAUCACGUAACUCAAAACU